CGUCAGCCACAGUCGCUCAAGUUAAAAAUAAACAUAACCUUACUUUCACCCUUUGCUCUACUAAAUUAGGCUGCUUAAGGGUCGUUAAGCCAAAGAUCCUUUUACCUCCCCGUUCAGAAUACUCAAAGAAUGCUUAAGCAGCUGAACUGAGACCGAAUUAUGCCACUGAACGAUGAAGUCAAGUUUCCGCUUCCUUUCGAAGGUGGUCGACGCGAGCAAAAUAAAGCGUACGGUCUUGAUAUCCCAAUCGAACGACAUUUACACGAACCUAGCGCUCGAGGAUUGGAUUUAUCGCAAGUACGACUUCGAGAGUCAUAACAUUCUUAUGCUUUGGUGUAACGAUCCGUGCGUUGUGAUCGGAAGGUACCAAAACCCGUGGCUCGAGGCGAAUGUGGCCGAUUUACCGUACGUGACCGACGCCGGCGUGGCGUUGGCCCGACGUAACAGCGGGGGAGGUACCGUUUACCACGACCGUGGCAAUCUGAACUUGACCUUCUUCACCUCGAAAAAACAGUACGAUCGCAAAGUGAAUUUGAGGCUAAUCAAGGUGGCGAUUUACAAGGAGUACGGCUUAAUGGUCGACAUUUCGCCGAGGGACGACCUGGUCGUGGGAGAUUUGAAGGUGUCCGGUACGGCGGCGAAGCUCGGACGUCUGAGCGCCUACCACCACUGCACCCUUUUGGUCGACGCCAACAAGACGAACAUAAGUCGCGCGCUGCAGAAGGAGAGCUCGGAGAUAAAGACGACCGCGUCGCGCUCGAUCCGCUCCAAGGUCACCAACCUCUGCGAUCAAAACUCGGCAAUUACCGUGGACGGUUUAAUUUCGGCGAUCGGUCGCGAGUUUCUGUUACCCGCCGACGACGAUUUCCAGUACGUCAAUCCGACGAACGCCGCCUUUCCCGAGCUCGAUAAGAUUCGCGCGAAUCUCGGCGAGUGGGAGUGGUGUUUCGGUAGAACUCCCAAAUUUACGGUUACGAAAUCCUUCAUCAUCCCCAGCAAGUUUCUGGUCGACGGGCGCGAUCAGAAGCUCGGGGUGGUAAUUACGGUCGAGAACGGACGGAUUAGCGACGUACAGCUCAACGACUCGACGGGGCUGUUCAGUCUCGAGGCGCUAAUGAUCAAUCGACUGAGGGAGUGUAAGUUUACACCCGAAACUGUCGACGGGCUAAUACAGUCGUUGCUGGAGGAGAAGUAUAAGUUUGUCAGCGACUGCGUACGGCAGGUUAUGACUUCGAUUUAGCAAAUUCGACUUGUUUUUAUUUAUUAUUGUUGCGUCUUAAUAAAUUGUUUAUUGUUGUA